AUGUCCUCUGCCCCCAUCAAGAAAGGUUUCGCUACGAUUUCUCAACUAGAACCCAUAAGUCUCUCUCCAAAGACUCGCGCACGCUACAAGAACACCGUCACCGAGUACUAUAGCACUGCCGCCGUCAUACACAUGAACGCCGCGGGAACGAUCCGCAGCAAAGCCAGAUAUUGCUUGUUAUCUCUUCAUGUAUGCGCCGCUUCUCACCGUUUUCAGAGCACUCUCAACCGGGUUGCAGAGAUCCUCGAAGGUUAUGAUGAGCCCCUGCCCACUUCCGAGGGGAUCGAGCCUAUUACCUGUCCGCCGACCGGCGCGAUGCACGACCGAGAGCAGCAGGCUUUCGUGCGUCUUCUCUGCGUACCUCCCCAGGCGGACGAUAAUGUCACAGUCGCCAACGUUCUCGUCGACGGAUCUUACUCUGGCAUCUAUACUACCGCCCUGGAGAUCGAUGCCAACGACGACUCGACAGAGCGCCUCCACGUUCGCGAGAAGUUUAUGUCCAACACCGUCACCACCAAUACUAUCCAUGCAUAUAUGCACUCCUUCAUCUGCACUAUCAAUGCCCUUCUCUUUGCUACCAAGUGGAACAAGCUCUCCAACGAACCCAGAGGAUGGCCCUAG